AUGAAUUGCCGAGGCAGAGUCAGUCCUGGAACUGCAGCCCCAACAGAAGAGAGAAGCUGCUCCUGGCUGAACCCCUGGGUCUUCUUUGUUUCUGCCCUUGUCAUCAAAACUGCCUUUGUAACCGUCUGCCUUGUUGUUUUCCUUCACGGAAGCGAUGGCCAGUACAAGACUCUGCUCCAGAAUGCUACAGAGUGGCGCUGCAUCCCCAGCAUGUCUGCAGACAAAAAGCAAGGCUGGACGUGCUGCCCGAAGGGCUGGAAACGCUUUCAAAAGAGCUGCUACUACCUGUCGGCUGACUUGAUGCCCCUGGCUGAGAGUGAGCAGAACUGCACUGGGAUGGGCUCCCACCUGGCAGUGAUCACCAGUGAAGCAGAGCAGGAGUUUCUCUACAACUUGGCGAAAGGAGCAGCUACUAACGCCUAUGAAACAAAAUACUACAUAGGAUUAAGUGCUUCUGGAAACGGGCAAUGGCAGUGGGUGGAUCAGACUCCAUAUGAGAAGGCAGCCACGUUCUGGAAACCUGGGGAACCCAAUUUACUCUUUGCAGAAAAAUGUGCUGCAAUUCACAUCAAGGGAAAGACUGACUCCAACACUUACAGUAACUGGAAUAACAUCCUUUGCUUCACAAGCUGCUAUCGAAUUUGUGAACAGGCAGUCAAAGUUGUCUGA